AAAUUUCCCAGGAUUUGGCACAUCCUUGCUGGUGGAGAAUGGGCAGAGAGGUGUUUAAUGCAGUUGACAGCAACACCCACUUUCUUUACUCAUUACGUGCCUACUACAGGCCUAGAACAAUGUGGGCACUGGAGAAAAGGCAAGAAUACUCUACCCUUGCCUCAAGGAGCUUGACCAGAAAACUAGGCAACAUGGCUCAGGACAUAUCAACUGGAGCCUGAGAUGGGUCAAAUCAGAAUAAGUUAAAGAAAUCAAGGUCGCUGUGGUGAACCACCACUGUACCAGUCUAUGCAGUUAAAGGGUACCCCUAAAUCUUCCUAUUUACCUGGGGAGAAAAUAUUUUAUGAGUGUAAACCAGGAUAUUAUUAUUCAUUUAAUUAUGUCCUCAAGACCUUUUGUGAGAAAAAUAGCACAUGGUUCCCUGUUGAUGAAGCUUGUUACAAAAAAUCAUGUCCAACUCCAAAUGUGAAAAGUGGUAAAGUAUAUGACCCACAAGGGGGCUUUGGAUUGGAUAAAGAAGCUCACUUUUAUUGUGAUUACGGUUUUUACUUGAAAGGUGAACCAAUUCUAACUUGUAAACUUUCUGGAGACAAGGUGCUUUGGGACCAUGAUAUACCAACAUGUGAAAAGAUUUUGUGUGAUGCACCCGGAAAAAUAAGUAAUGGAAAAUACACGGAUAGCUGGAAGGUUGUAUUUGAAUUUAAUGAAGUAGUGACUUAUACUUGUGACCCUUCAAAUGGGACUCAGGAGUAUUCACUUAUUGGAGAGAGCACGCUUACUUGUUUUGGGCCUGGCAAAUGGAGUAGUGACCCUCCUCAAUGUAAAGUGGUCCAAUGUAAACCGCCAGUACUCAAACAUGGAAAACCAGUAACAGAAAUGAAAACCAAUUUUUCCUACCAUGAUGAGGUUGCAUUUAGAUGCCGGAAGGGUUUCUACCUUAAUGGCAGCAACCCAGUGUUCUGCGGUGGAAACAGUACUUGGGAGCCUGCGAUGCCCAGGUGUAUUAGAGGUUCCAAGUCUACUCGUUCAACCAAGCCACCAGUUACAAGCUAUCUAGGAUAUCUCAACCUUCGUGAAGUAUCAUCAUCUGAAGAGAUUGUGGAAUUAGUUGUUGGCAUUGCAGUAAUUUUCAUCUCCGUGUACAAGUGUCUUCACAGAGCGAAGAAAGGGUAAAUUAAACAUUUAUUCUCAUGUAUUGGUCCUUCUCACUCUUGACAUACUUUUGUGUUGCUUUUGUUUGUAUUGCUUACCCUCUAUUUUUAAAACGUGCUACAUUAG